AUGCCCCGGCCUUCUGUCAAUCUUGAUCCUUACCAGGAGGAAAUUACUAGGCUUGUCAAUUCGAAUUACACUAAUGAGGAUAUCUGUGCCUUCUUGCUAAAUACGCGGCGAGAUGCAUGGGGUCUUCGUACUCCACGGGCUUACCUCCCUAAGGGCACUCCUGAUGAGAUUAGUCGCAAUCAGGUAGUAUAUGACCUUCUUCAGCUAUCGUUGGAUACGCAUGAGAUCCUUCGUCUCUUACAAAAGAUGGGGAUACCAUCAUCUGAACGCUCUCUUUGUCGUAUACGGCAAAAGCUUGGUGUUAGGCUUCGUGUUAACGAUACUGCUGAGCGUGUUGCUCAGGAGAGAGCUAUUGAGAAGAUUCUUACUGCAGAGGACCAGAUUGGAGAUAUUGAUGGAUAUGGCCGGCGUUUACAGCAGAUUCACCUACGCAGCCAGGGAGUUUUCAUUGCAAGAGAUCGCGCCUAUGAAAUCUACCGAACUAUCAAUCCAGAUGCGAUUGAAGACCGCCGAUCUGGUCUCCAACGUCGCCGAGGGGCCUAUAUAUGUGAUGGGCCUAAUGCAAUUUGGCAUCUCGAUGGCUAUAUGAAGUUAGAACCUUUUGGUAUUGAAAUCUACGCAGCAAUUGAUGGCUACUCUCGAUAUGUUACAUGGAUAUAUAUUGGGAUAUCUGCACGUACUGCCGCGAUGGAAUCUAUUCAAAGCAAUGCAUUCCUGAGCAGGCUCCAGGAGGAUGUGGCAGAAUGGGAUCCUGCUGAAUAUCUUCCACCUUCUACACUAGCUUAG